GAACGUACUCUUGUUUUUGACCUAAUCAUCCUGGCAAUUGACAUCUAAAACUUCUUUUCAAUCGAAGAUUGAAGCAGAAGCAAUGUCUGCCCACAAAACGUUUAUUAUCAAGCGCAAGCUUGCUAAGAAAUUGAAACAAAAUAGGCCUAUUCCACAAUGGGUUCGUAUGAGAACUGGAAAUACAAUCAGAUAUAAUGCUAAAAGGCGUCAUUGGCGUAGAACCAAGCUAAAGUUGUAGAUAUUUGUGUAUGUUUAUAAUAGGCUUAAAAUUAAUAAAAACUCUUAAAUAGAA